CGAGUUUUUAAAAUGUCAUGUCAUCUUCACGUUCCAUUACAAUUUGUGCUAGUUUGUAUUUACAGCAUUAAAGUUAAAUAGUCCUAUAUUGUAUAUAAGUAUUUAAAAAAAGACACGAGAUGCCGUGUGACAUGAAUCACUAGCCUAACGUCCCCAGGGUAGUGAAACACUAAAAUUGUCAAAAUUGUUAUGUCAGUGCAUUGUUGGUGUUUUGCAGAUUUAUUUUGAUAUAAAAAUGUCCGGGUCAAAGAAAAUGACGGUGCGCGUACAGUCGCCGGAGGGCACGGCGCGCGUGGACAUGCUCGACUCGGACGUGACGGCACAGCUGUUCGAGCGAAUAUACGAGGCGCUGGGGCUGAGCUCGUUCGCGUUCACACUGCACAAGGACCGCCAACGCAAGGAGGAGAUCCCGUCGAGCAAAUCGCAGCGGCUGCGCGAUUACGGCCUGCAGCACGGCGACAUGCUCUACCUGAACCCCAUCAAUGGAGCCGUGCUGUUUGACCAGCCCUCCACAAGCGCAGAGGCCAAUAAACCAUUUGGCGAACCGGCAAAGCCAGAGGCAGGUCCCUCCAGCUCACAGGACAAGGCCAUUCCAGCAACAGGACAGCGCUCGGCCACUUGCGUGGAGGAUGACAUAGACCUAGAACUGUACAAGACAUCUGGCAGUAUACAGAGACAGAGAGAUGAGAAAUUAUGCAGACACAACUCUAAGGGCUGCUGUGUGCACUGCUCCCCGCUGGAGCCGUGGGAUGAGGGCUACCUGAAGGAACACAACAUCAAGCACAUGUCCUUUCACGCCUAUCUACGCAAGAUCACUUCUAAGAACUUUAUCUCACUAGAUGAACUCUCAUGCAAAAUCAAACCUGGCUGCACGGAGCACCCGCCGUGGCCGCGCGGCAUCUGCUCGGCGUGCCAGCCCGGCGCCGUGACGCUCAACCGCCAGCCCUACCGCCACGUGGACAACGUGCUGUUCGACCACCCCGCGCUCGUCGAGCGCUUCCUCGCCUACUGGCGCGCCACGGGACACCAGCGCAUCGGCUUCCUCUACGGGUACUACGAGAGACAUCCCGAUGUGCCUUUAGGUAUCCGCGCCCGCGUGUGCGCCAUCUACGAGCCGCCGCAGACGUCGUCGCGCGACACAAUCGCACUGCAGCACGACGCCCGCGCGCCUCUGCUGGACGAACUGGCCCGCCGGCUUGGGCUGCAGCCCGUGGGGUGGCUGUUCACGGACUUAUUGCCGCGUGACCUACAGGGCGGCACGGUGCAGCAUAUCCGCGGCGUUGACACGCACUUCCUCACUGCGCAGGAGUGCAUCAUGGCCGGAAACUAUCAGAACGAGCAUCCCAACGCGUGCCGGCACGCUUCCUCGGGAUACUUCGGAUCUAAAUUUGUCACCGUCUGCGUCACAGGCGACAGCGAACACCGCGUCCACCUGGAAGGGUACCAGGUGUCGGGGCAAUGCCAGGCGCUGGUGCGAGACAACGUGCUGCUGCCCACGCGCGACGCGCCCGAGCUCGGCUACAUCCGCGACUCCUCGCCCACGCAGUACGUGCCCGACGUCUACUACAAGGAGCGCGACGUGUAUGGCAACGAGGUAGGAGUGUCUGCGAAACGCGUGCCCGUCGCGUACCUGCUGGUGGACGUACCGUGCGGCGUGGCGGCCGCCUCCGCCGCACCGCUCUUUAGCCCGCGCGCCGCCUUUCCGCCCGCCAACCGCCCGCUGCAGCACCACCUACAGACUCUCAAGGCGCUGCACACCCACCUGCAGGCAAGCGAGUCGUUCUUGGAAGCCGUCUCCGACCUGCACGUGCUGUUUUACCUGGCCACCAACGAGGCGCUGCCGCUGAGCCUCGAUACGCUGCAGCCACUGCUAGCGGCGGUGAUUGCGCGUGACGCGGCCGCCGCGGAUGCCUGGCGCUCCGACCCCUCCGCGGCCACGCUGGACCACCUGAUGAGCGCCUCCGCAGACCACGAGCCGGAGUCCGCGGCGGGGCUCGGCGGCGCGGGGGGUGCCGGCGCCGUCUGGACCUGCCAGAUGUGCACCUUCCACAACCACAAUCAACGCGACGCGUGCGAGAUGUGCGCCAUGCCCAGGAACAGCGCGAUGUAAAUAGUGUGUCGCGUCGCGGCGGCACAUCCCUAGCUUGUUGGUCGGCUGCGAGGCGCGGGGCGGCGCGCGACACUCGGGACUCGGACUGUGUGUGCUCGGCGCUCAACGUGACGUCACAACUCGCCCCGUUAACAACAUUCCCAUCGGUGUCGACUCUCGCCAACUGCCACUUGUUCCGAAUUGUCCUUCAUUUCAAAUUGUUAUCUAACUUAAUAGAUUUAUAUUAAAAUGGG